GAAGAGAAAGACCGACACAGAGCCACAGGUGAAGGCGGAAGAAGAGAGGAAGAGCACGAGGAGAGGGUUCAAGAAGCAGAACCGAACCCAGACCCAGAACAACGGAACCAGAACCGAACAAAGGGACCAGACCCAGAACAACGGAACCAGAACCGAACAAAGGGACCAGACCCUAGCACAGGUGCAUUAUGGGACGGUGUGCUGGUCUGUCCCACUGUAAACUGGCUCUGGCCUUCGCUGUGCUGAUGGACGUCCUGGGGGGGGGUGCUCUGCUGGUGGGGGUCUUCGCCCCCUUGGAGAUCCAAGGACAGGACUUUGGAGACCUGCUGGUCUACACUGGGGCGCUGCUGGUGCUCAUGUCACUGGGUGGGUGGGUCCUGUGGUACAGCGGCAACAUUGAAGGCCUGACGUCCAGGAAGGACCUGGGACACAUCGGCAGCACUGUGGACCGCCUGGCACGGAACCUGAGCCGCAAGAUCCUGAGCUACAGGAGCCGCAGCUGACCGCUACCGCUGACCACCACCACUGACUACCACCGCUGACCACCACCACUGCUGACCGCUACCACUGGACACCACCACUGACCACCUCCACUAACCGAUACCACUGACCACCACUGACUGCUACCCCUGACCACCACUGCUGACCACCACCAGUGACUGCUACCACUGACCACCACUGCUGACCAUCACCACUGAACACCACCCCCACUGACCGCCACCGCUGACCACCACCGCUGACCACCACCGCUGACCACCACUGACCGCUACCACUGACCACCGCUGACCAUGACCACUUAGUCCUGGCUGAAUUCUGCAGUGAAAGUGUCAAUCAGUAUUAGUAUUAACCUGAGUUAGCCCUUAACCUGAGUAUUAACCUGAGUUAGCCCUUAACCUGAGUUUUAACCUGAGUUAGCCCUUAACCUGAGUAUUAACCUGAGUUAACCCUUAACCUGAGUAUUAACCUGAGUUAGCCCUUAACCUGAGUUUUAACAUGAGUUAACCCUUAUAUUAACCCCAGUUAACCCUUAACCUGAGUAUUAACCUGAGUUAGCCCUUAACCUGAGUUUUAACAUGAGUUAACCCUUAACCUGAGUAUUAACCUGAGUUAACCCUUAACCUGAGUAUUAACCUGAGUUAGCCCUUAACCUGAGUUUUAACAUGAGUUAACCCUUAACCUGAGUAUUAACCUGAGUUAGCCCUUACCCUGAGUUUUAACAUGAGUUAACCCUUAACCUGAGUAUUAACCUGAGUUAACCCUUAACCUGAGUUAACCCUUAACCUGAGUUUUAAUGUGAGUUAACCCUUAUAUUAACCCCAGUAAACCCUUAACCUGAGUUUUAACAUGAGUUAACCCUUAACCUGAGUAUUAACCUGAGUUAGCCCUUAACCUGAGUUUUAACAUGAGUUAACCCUUAA